UGGGUCACCAGAGUUCACAACAUCCCCUGAGAAUCAUACUGAAGGUUAAACAUGGACUAAAAUGCAAAUAGAAAUAGCAAAAACAUCCAAAGUUGUGUUCAUGUUGUAAUAGAGGGUGGCUGUGGCGUAGUGGAGAGCAAGGUAGUUCUCCAAUCAGAGGAUCGGUGGUUCGAUUGGGCAAGAUACUUAACCCCAAGUUGGCUUGCCAUCGGUGUGGACUGGAUGAUGAAUGUUAGUUAGAGUCUGAUGGUGGCACCUUGCAUGGUAGCCCUGCUAAAUGACUGUAAUAAAAGUUACAGGAGGCAGCAGCUAGAUCACAGCCAGAGUGUUGCCUAACCAGAAGGUCUACAGUCAAAUGAAUAAUGGCCUGUCAUGCAGCCGGCUACACCACCUAACUACCAGCUAAAGUAUUCAUUUGUUGUGGGUUUAAUUGGGUCACAGCCAAAGAGAGGCCACAAUAGAAGAUUGUGCAAAGAUUAAUGCAAACACAAACGUGUGCUAAGAAUGGGUAUUACUGAUCUGUUGACAACUGAGUGUUGAUGAAGAGGCGUGGCAGUAGCUGUUCUUUACUGAGCGGGAGCAUAAGGAAGUGCUGGUGCCACUGACUACCCCAUAUCUGAUCUAAAAUGGGCUAUCUGUAUCCUCCUCUUUGGUAUGUCCUUCCCAGUUGUCGCGUCCCCACGAUGCAGUAGCUGAAAGUAUGAGGAGAAAUAACUCAUCAAAAUUUUUCAACUCCAUUGAGAGACAGUGGGACUCUUCGGAGCAGGCUUCCUGCAUCGAGCUGCCCCAAGUACCCGACAUCAAAUAUCAUGUGAAGAGGCUCUUCUCAGGCACCCUGCAGCUGCCCCGGCUCUCCUGUAGACCCUCCACUCAGGAUGGCCCCCAGUCCGGCCCCUCAGCAUGUGGCAUCAAGCCCUCCAGGAGCCUGGGGACUCUGACCAGCUGUGUCUCCAAAGCCUUUUUUGAUGUGGAGAAUGGACUGGCAGUGGGGCGCAGCCCCCUGGACCCCCAGGCCAGCCCAGGCUCUGGCGGUCUGGUCCUACAGGCCAACUUUCCUCACAGCCAGCGGCGGGAAUCCUUCCUGUACCGCUCUGACUCUGACUUUGACCUUUCACCCAAAGGUCCCUCCAGAAACUCCUCCACGGCCAGUGACCUACAUACAGAAGACAUGAUUGUCACACCAUUUGCACAGGUUCUCGCCAGCCUGAGGACGGUCCGAAGUAACUUUGCCGUCAUAACUGACCAGCAAGAUCGAACAGCCAGCAAGACGCGGUCCUCAGGCAACAACCCACCAUCCAUGUGCAAGACCAGCCUUGCAGAGGAGCCUCACCAGCAGCUGGCCAUAGAGACGUUAGAUGAGCUGGACUGGUGUCUGGAACAACUAGAGACACUGAAAACUCGACACUCUGUCAGUGAGAUGGCUUCCAACAAGUUCAAGAGGAUGCUGAACCGAGAGCUCACCCAGCUGUCAGAAACCAGCCGUUCAGGGAACCAGGUGUCUGAGUUCAUCUCCAGUAACUUCUUAGAGAAGCAACAUGACAUGGACAUCAUGUCUCCCCCAACCAAGGAGAAGGACAAGAAGAAGCGGCCCAUGUCCCAGAUCAGCGGUGUGAAGAAGGCCACCCACAGCCCCAGCCUCGCCCCCUCCACCAUCCCACGCUUUGGGGUCAAUGCCAGCCAGGAAGGACUCCUAACCAAGGAGUUAGAGGAUGUAAACAGAUGGGGUAUUGACAUCUUCAAGGUCUCUGAGUAUUCUGGGAGUCGCCCACUGACGGUCACCAUGUACACCAUCUUUCAGGAACGUGACCUUCUGAAGUCCUUUAAGAUUCCAGCGGACACUUUUGUUACCUUCAUGAUGACUUUGGAGGAUCAUUACCAUGCCGACGUGGCCUACCACAACAACAUCCAUGCUGCAGACGUGGUCCAGUCCACGCAUGUCUUACUGUCCACACCUGCUCUGGAGGCUGUGUUUACUGAUCUGGAGAUCCUUGCCGCUCUGUUUGCAAGCGCCAUCCAUGAUGUGGAUCACCCUGGAGUUUCCAAUCAGUUUCUCAUCAACACCAAUUCAGAGCUGGCCAUGAUGUACAAUGACUCGUCCGUGCUGGAGAAUCACCAUCUGGCUGUUGGCUUUAAGCUUCUGCAGGAAGAUAACUGUGACAUCUUUCAGAACCUCAGCAAAAAGCAGAGACAGUCGCUGCGCAAAAUGGUCAUUGAUAUGGUGCUGGCCACAGAUAUGUCUAAACACAUGAACCUACUGGCAGACCUGAAAACCAUGGUGGAGACCAAGAAAGUCACCAGUCUAGGAGUCCUACUGCUGGACAACUACUCAGACCGCAUACAGGUCCUUCAGAACAUGGUGCACUGUGCAGACCUGAGCAACCCCACCAAGCCUCUCGAGUUGUACCGGAAUUGGACCGACCGCAUCAUGGUGGAGUUUUUCACCCAGGGGGACAGGGAGAGAGACAAGGGCAUGGAGAUCAGCCCCAUGUGUGACAAACAAAACGCCUCAAUAGAGAAGAACCAGGUGGGUUUCAUUGACUACAUUGUUCAUCCUCUGUGGGAGACGUGGGCCGACCUUGUCCACCCAGAUGCUCAGGAGAUCCUGGACACACUGGAGGAUAACAGAGAGUGGUAUCAGAGCAUGAUCCCUCACAGCCCCUCACCCCACCCAGAGGACGAGCAGGAAGAAGCCCAUGCCGGGGAAUCCUCAACGCUCAGCGGGGGCGGUGGCUCUGUUUCGGCCGACAAGUUCCAGUUUGAGCUCACCUUGGAAGAAGAGGGAGAGUCUGAUACAGAGAGUUCACCUGAGGAAGAGGAGGGCUUCAGCGGCGGUAGGGGUCCUGAACUAUCCAGAACUGAUUCUGGCAGCGGAUUUGAUGCAGUAUCUGCUACGACUCGCCUGCUCACCAAAAAGCUCUCUACUGAUUCAGGCCGGACGUUUUCUUUAGACUCUGAAAAAGAUAUGGCAGAAGACAGAGAAACAGACCAGGAAGGCAUCUCUGGGGUACCACGCUUCCGACUUGGCACAUAGCACCAGUCAAAGUUGUAUUUCUUUUUGCCUUUUGUUUAUUUUUCUUGAUUUCGGUGCCUCCUCUGUCACUCCCCUUCUCCCACUCCAACCAAGCACCACCAACUCUGGUUUCUGCCGACAGGGUGACAGCUAGCCUUGGGGUGGGGAGUGCAGGUGGGUGUGAGGGGUGUUAAGAAGGUCUGCAGUUUUACACAGCAGUCAUUUGCACUGGAGAGAGACAGAUAGACUGAGUCACUGUUCUAAUUGAGGACAGGAAACCAAGUUUCUGACAAGUCCUUUGUGUUCUGUGUCUCUCAGUCAGACAUACUGUGGAUAAAGUUCUACCGAGACAAUAAGACGUUUAAAACAAAACGGCCCUCUACCAGCCAACUCAAGGUCUACUACAACAAAUGACGCAACUGUCUUCCCCUUUUGUGAAGAAAGUGAGGAAAUGAUGAAUGAGCGAAACAAAGACAACAUCUUGUAAGACAUCUUGCCAAAUUUACAAUUUACCGGGAUGAUGCUGUUUUGCCUGCAUUUUUAGUGUUUGUUUAUUCUGUUGUCUUUUAUUUAGGUCCACAUGCAGUGAAAUACAGUAAAGGAAGAUACAGUAAAUAGAAGACUGUAAGCAAAGUAAUGGAAGAAAGGAGCUAAGCAUGAUUUUAUGCAGGAAACCUUAAAUGUAGCAGACAUUUUGAGUGACUCUAUCAUUGUUAUUGUAUGAGUAGCACUCCUUUCAGCUGGGGUUGCACAGCCCAUCUAAUUGUGUUCAGCAAGCAGUAGUUUCAGACAAAUAUGACUAUAAUGAAGUGGAUGGUAGCAAAUAUUAUUUUGAAAUUUUCAGUUGUUUUAAGCUUACUAUUUCCAUUUUUAUUUCCCUAAACUAUGAUGUUGGCAGCGACAAAUGUGAGCCAGGGUCAGUGAAGGAAUUACAUCCAAAGCAAUGUGGGCUGUGCACAUGGUGCCUCCCAGUGUUGUCAAGUGGAACUGAAGUUCUGGCAUUGGAGGUAAAUAAUUUGCAAGGUUUUGCAUAGGCCAAUAUGGAAAAUACAUUUAAAACGUAUUUAACUGUAGGACUAGCCAAAAUAUCAGUUAUGUUUCAGUUUUCAUUGCUCUUAUAUUUUUGUUGUUUGUUUGUUUUAAUUCAAGUCACUAUUUUUUGCGUUUUUAAUAUUUGGCACCCUUUUUAUCAGUUUGCUUUCAAGUUUAGCACUUUACAGUUUUGGUCAUAACUAGCCCUCAUUGUUGUUUUUAAGAACUUGAGCCCAAACAUGAACACAUUGGAGGCUAUUGACAAAAAAACAGCUUGUCCAUCGCUGUCAAGCAACCAGCACAGACAUCAUGCAAAAAGCUAAACGCUGCAGUACAGCUAUGAAUGCAUUGAGCCAUUCAUUGAAGUCCAUUAUUGUUACUACAUAAUGUGUUACACACAGCGUCCACCUAAUAAAAUACGGUUUCUGGAAGCAGUCACUUGCAUACAUCACUAGACUGAUAAGGGCAAUGUGUUAAAACCACAUGGGUUGCAAAAAAGGAUGUUAGCAUCAUUGUAACUUCAAAAAACAAGACAGUUUCAUAUGCCAGAAUUUUUUUUCCUCUUUUUUUUCUCUCAUUGAUCAAUAUUUCGCUCUUCACAGGGACAUAGUCAAUGACAAUACAAGUGCCAAGCAAGCAUGACACAACCCGUACUGUAAUUUCCAUUUUGCCACUGGCUACUUUCCAUCAGUGACUGAUAAAGUUGGUUGAUUGUAGCACCCUGUGUGCCAAUCUGACCCUAGUGUCUGUCCCUUUUUUUCUAACUCUUGUUCAAACAGUAACUGAAACUGAUAUUGUCUUAAAACAGUGAUGUGUUUUUUGUGUGUGUGAGUGAAUGACUGGGUCGACUUUUUUGAUGUAUUUGCUAAGAAAAAACCAAAGCACUUUGUAUGGUACUUUUACAGUUCUGCACUUCCAGUACAGUUGAACAUGUAUAGUGACUGUUUCACUGUUUUUUCUUUUCUUUUGGCAAAUAGCCUGGUGGUUGAGUUGAAUUAUACGGGCUGGACCAUUACAGCUCUUAAAGGUCAGAUGUUGGAGAGACUGAAGUUCUUUUUAUAAUUGACUGCAGGAACAAGUGUGUUUUGUUAAAAUGCAUGACAUUGACUGCAGGAUUUCAAGAAGAGCAUAUAGAGAAUUUACAAAACCUAGCCUGUGGAGAAACAUUUUAUUUUAUUACCAUGAAACAGAGUAAAUCAUGUGAUAAUGUGUGAACAAGCUGAAGAGGUUUUUGAUGCCUUAUUUUCAAAUGUGGGAUUUUUUUUCUGGUCAUAGAUGUGUUCACUGUCAUGCUGGAUUAAACAUGUGCAAUCCUUUCUGUAGCCAUAAACAGCACCAAACAGACCAACACUCAAGGAUGCCUUCAACAUUAAGGUCUAUUUAACAGAUUAACGAGCACAACAUGCGAAUAUUCAGUCUGACUCUCUGCGUGUCACUAAUUUUUUGAUUUUGUGUAUUUUCCUCACAGUUCUUCAUGUACAGUUUAUUUAUUAUUUCUAUAUUAUCUGUCAGAAACGAUGGAACAGUAGACUUUUUUUAGUCUGAGGUUUAGUAUAGCUUGAUGUCUAGAAAGUCACACAGGACAUAUUUCGACUAAACUCAUCUUUUUUCCUUUUCAUUUUAUUACUUUAUUGUCUGCAAAUAACAUGAUACAUAAGCAAAAAUACUCACUUUCAUGUUUUUCUUGGUAUGAAAAUAGUUUAGUGACAGAUUUACGUAUGAGUUUUCUGAAACAUCUCUCAUCUCCUUUCUUCCUCUGUUUCUACUGAUCUGAACAGAUCACGUGAUCUUACAGUAAGUGUGCUAAUCUGAGAUGUGUUUGAUUCAUAGUGAAGAUAAUAUAGUCACACAGCCUCAAGUCAUCCUAGAUCAGUAUUUCUGUUCUUAGAGAUAAUAGAAUAAGGAUCAUGAACUAAGACUGCAGCUUUGACAAUCCAAACUCUGCUGUUUUAACUGUGGGUGUGUUAGCCCUCUCUCCAACUAGAACUGUAUGCCUUGCCAAUAAAAGAA